AAUACCUUCUUCAUCUAAGCAUUUGAUGAAGGUUUCAGUUCUUGAAUAUAGUUUUUCUUUCACAAAUUACAGCACUGCAGGCUAAUAAUUUUCUGGUAGUUUCACCUUUAAUUCUUCUCAGUUAUAUUUCCUGUGACCCUGAUGGCUUUGAAACGGUGCGCUUGAUACUUCUGUGCCAACUUGACCAACAUCUUGGCAAUUUCAAGACAGCCACAUCCCUCUGGAAGACAAUUUUUUUAAUGGACUUUUUGUUCUAUUUUGUUGCCAAUUUUCGCUGAGGAAAACAAAGUUGCAUAAUAACCUGAUAUUGUUGGGCUCAAUCUCACCCUCAUUUCAUACUAAUGUGCAUGACCUGGAGUGCUUAAAUCCUUUUGGGUGUCAUGUUCAUACAGGAUGGUGUUGGGAAGUGUGCAUAAAAAGGACUAUAUGGUCAAAAAACUUGUUUGCUUAAUAAUUCUGCACAAAGAGUUGGGCAUAGGCCUAAUGCUGGUGUAAAGAAUGCCAAGUGCCAUCAUAUGGUAGUUUGGUGUGGUGUUGUCUGGUUAUAUUUGAUUUGAUUAUUACAAAUGUGAGGUUAGAAGAAUUAUUAGUAAGACAAGUUUUAAUGUGGGUAAACAUGUGAUCUAAUAUGAACAGAAAUUAAUUCUCACUGGUAACUUUUAAGACCUGAUGAAACUGUUAUAGUAUGUUUAUUUAAGCUGUUGCAAACACCUUUAUACAAAUUGUGAUAACGUCCCUAUAACCUAAGCAAUAUGCACAAAGUUAUUGGUUACUCUCAAGUUGCGCAGUAUCACUUAGGUCUUCUCCUCUGUUGGUUUCUAGCCACUGCAGGUGAUUUUAGGCACAAAUAAGGUCAUAUAAACAUUUCAGACAACUUAAUUGAAUCAAUGCCCCUUUGUACCUCAGAGUACCAUACCUUUAUACAGUCCUUUGUUCUUUUAAGUGGCAGCUGCAACCACUACUUGCUGAAUUUUUAACCAUCUGAAACAAAUGGGUAUGGGUACAUGGGUAAUUUUUCAGCAGAAUGGGUGGUAUAUUGACAACAACUUAUUGUAGAUGUUUUUGAAUAUUGGAUAGGCCUACUUCCCUGGCAUGUUUUAGGCAACAAAACCCUUUUCUUGGUUGCAUUGAUACGAUGAUAGCCUACCUAAAAAUAUGCCAAUAAACAAACUUACGUGAAAUGGUAUUAAAAUUGGAUUGAUACACUUGUCAACAGUGAACCUGUGAAAUUUCGACCUAGGAGGAGGAUGGUAAGUUCUGCACUUCCAGGCCAUUGGAUGCUACGCCAGUCUCAUUCGUCGUGACGUCAUGGACCAUUCCCUGGACUUCAUUCUGUGGAGGGAGUCGGCGGAGGCUGCUGCAGGAAACGGAGCUCAAGAGAUCACAGCCUGGAUAAGCUACACGGGGGACUGUCGUGGGAAGUUGCGUUUUUGUUAUAACACAAGACGGCUUAUAACAGAUCGUUCCGCCUUCUAGAGUCUGUAGUGCUGUGCCAUGGAGGAUGGGAAGCCGGUGUGGGCUCCCCACCCGUUGGAGGGGUUCCAACUGGGCUCCAUCGUGGACAUCGGGGCAGACAGCCUGACCAUCGAGCCCCUGAAGCAGAAGGGAAAGACCUUUCUGGCUCCAGUUAACCAGGUGUUCCCAGCCGAGGAUGACCCCAACAAGCAUGUGGAGGACAACUGUUCUCUGAUGUACUUGAAUGAAGCCACACUCCUGAAUAAUGUCCGUGUUCGCUACAGUAAAGACAAAAUCUAUACGUAUGUGGCUAACAUCCUGAUAGCGGUGAACCCGUACGUGGACAUCCCCAAGCUGUACGCACCAGAGACCAUCAAGCAGUACCGGGGCCGCUCACUGGGCACUCUCCCUCCUCAUGUCUACGCCAUUGCGGAUAAAGCUUACCGGGACAUGAAGGUGUUGAAGAUGAGCCAGUCCAUCAUCGUGUCGGGGGAGUCCGGGGCUGGGAAAACCGAGAACACCAAAUUUGUGCUCCGGUACCUCACGACUUCCUACGGCACAGGUCAAGAUAUUGAUGAAAGAAUAGUAGAAGCAAACCCCUUGUUGGAGGCCUUUGGAAAUGCCAAGACAGUGAGGAACAACAACAGCAGUCGCUUCGGGAAAUUUGUAGAAAUCCACUUUAAUGAAAAGAAUGCGGUGGUGGGUGGCUUCGUGUCCCACUACCUGCUGGAGAAGUCGCGCAUCACUCGGCAGGGCCAGGAGGAGCGCAACUACCACAUCUUCUAUCGUCUCUGUGCCGGCGCCCCCGACGACCUCCGGCAGAAGUUCUACCUCAGCUCCCCAGACACCUACAGGUAUUUGAAUCGUGGAUGCACUCGCUACUUCGCCACCAAGGAAACGGACAAGCAGAUCAUUCAGAACUGCAAAAGCCCAGAGCACGUGAAGGCCGGCCCUCUUAAGGACCCCCUCUUGGACGACCAGGGCGACUACACGCGCAUGUCGGUGGCCAUGAAGAAGAUCGGCCUGGACGACAGCGAGAAGCUGGACCUGUUCCGGGUGGUGGCCGGCGUGCUGCACCUGGGCAACGUCGACUUUGAGGAGGCCGGAAGCACCUCGGGCGGCUGCAACAUAAAGAACCAGUCCAGUGAGCCCCUGGAGCACUGUGCAGAGCUGCUGGGGCUGGACGAGGAGGGCCUGAGGGUCAGCCUCACCAGCAGGGUCAUGAACACAUCAGCAGGGGGCGCCAAAGGCACAAUCAAGGUGCCUCUGAAGGUGGAGCAGGCCAACAAUGCUCGUGAUGCGUUGGCCAAGGCGGUGUACAGCCGACUCUUUGACCACGUGGUGACGCGGGUAAACCAGUGCUUCCCCUUCGACUCCUCGGCACACUUCAUCGGCGUACUGGAUAUCGCCGGCUUUGAGUACUUUGAGCACAACAGCUUUGAACAAUUCUGCAUCAACUAUUGCAACGAGAAGCUUCAGCAGUUCUUCAAUGAGCGCAUUUUAAAGGAGGAACAAGAGCUCUACGACAAAGAGGGACUUGGAGUGAAUGAGGUCCACUAUGUCGACAAUCAGGACUGCAUUGACCUUGUGGAGGCCAAGCUGGUGGGCAUUCUGGAUAUUUUGGAUGAAGAGAACCGUCUACCUCAGCCCAGCGACCAGCACUUCACCGAGAUGGUCCACAGCAAGCACAAGGACCACUUCCGCCUCACAGUACCCAGGAAGUCAAAGCUGGCCGUUCACCGAAACGUGCGUGACGACGAGGGCUUCAUCGUCAGACACUUUGCUGGAGCCGUCUGCUACGAAACGACAAAAUUUGUGGAGAAGAACAAUGAUGCGCUGCACAUGUCCUUGGAGAGCAUGGUGAGCGAGUCCAAGGACCGCUUCGUCCGGGAGCUGUUUGAGAACUCCAACAACACUAAGGACUCCAAGCAGAAGGCUGGCAAGCUGAGUUUCAUCAGCGUGGGAAACAAAUUCAAGACCCAGUUGAAUAUUCUGUUGGACAAGCUGCGCAGCACAGGUUCCAGCUUUAUCCGGUGCGUCAAGCCUAACCUGAAGAUGGUGGCUCACCAGUUUGAAGGCGGCCAGAUUCUCUCUCAGCUGCAGUGCUCAGGAAUGGUGUCUGUCCUGGACCUCAUGCAAGGUGGUUUCCCCUCCCGCGCUCCGUUCCACGAGCUCUACAACAUGUACAAGGAGUACAUGCCGGCCAAGCUCACGCGCCUCGACCCCAGGCUCUUCUGCAAGGCUCUGUUCAAAGCCCUGGGUCUGAAUGAGAAGGACUACAAGUUCGGACUGACCAAGGUCUUCUUUCGACCUGGAAAGUUUGCCGAGUUUGAUCAGAUCAUGAAGUCGGACCCUGACCACCUGGCAGAGCUGGUGAAACGGGUCAACAAGUGGCUCAUCUGCAGCCGCUGGAAGAAGGUCCAGUGGUGCGGCCUCUCCGUCAUCAAAUUGAAGAAUAAAAUUCUGUACCGAAGAAGUGCCUGCAUCAUCAUGCAGAAGACGGUGCGCAUGUGGCUGUGCAGGCGAAAGCACAAGCCAAGGAUUGAUGGUCUGGUGAAGGUGCGUAACCUGAAGACGCGCAUGGACAAGUUCAACGAGGUGGUGUCUGGGCUCAAGGAGGGACAGCAGGAGAUGCUCAAGCAGAUCCAGGACCUCGACGCCUCCAUCACCGCUCUCAUGAUCAAGAUCAAGAGCACGAUAAUGACGCGCAUCGAGAUCGACCACGAGCACCAGGCGCUGGUGACGCGCUCGCAGCAGCUGCUGAGCGCCAUGCAGAAGGCCAAGCAGGAGGAGGAGGAGCGGGAGCGUCUCCGGCGCAUCCAGGAGGAGAUGGAGCGCGAGAGGAAGAGGAGGGAGGAGGAGGAGCAGCGCCGCAAGCAGGAGGAAGAGGAGCGCAAAAUGAAAGCGGAGAUGGAGGUGAAGAGGAAGCAGGAAGAGGAGGAGCGGAAGAGGAGAGAGGAGGAGGAGAAGAGAAUUCAGGCGGAGAUGGAGGUCCAGCUGGAGGCUGAGCGUGAGGAGGAGGCCGCUCGCCAGGCGGUGCUGGAGCAGGAGAGGAGGGAUCGGGAGCUGGCCAUGAGGAUCGCGCAGAGCGAGUCGGAGCUCAUACCCGAGGAGACGCCCGCCGACGCAGCACUGCGCAGUAAUGGCUCAAGUGCACCAUCCUCCCCAGAGACAGUGAAUGUUCCAGGACAGCAAAAGCUGAAGAGCUUGACAAUGGGCCCAUCGGUGCAGGCCAACAAGGCUGCCGCUGCCAACGUCAAGAAGUACGAGCUGAGCAAGUGGAAGUACGCCGAGUUACGAGAUGCCAUUAACACAUCCUGCGACAUCGAGCUCUUGGCUGCCUGUAGAGAGGAGUUCCAUCGCCGCCUGAAGGUCUACCACGCCUGGAAAUCAAAGAACAAGAAGCGCAAUUCAGAGUCGGAGGGCUCCCAGAGGGCUCCCAAGUCUGUCACAGACUAUGAUCUCGUACCUAUUGCGCAAAGAGCAUCCCAGCAGAACGCGGCUCCUCCAAUCCCCGCCCGGCAGCAUGAGAUUGCCAUGAACCGGCAGCAGCGCUACUUCCGAAUCCCGUUCAUCCGGCCUGGCGAGGAGUACAAGGACCUGCAGGCCAAGAAGAAGGGCUGGUGGUAUGCCCACUUCGACGGGCCAUGGAUCGCACGCCAGAUGGAGCUGCAUCCAGAUAAGCACCCCAUCCUGCUGGUGGCCGGUAAGGACGACAUGGAGAUGUGCGAGCUGAGUCUGGAGGAGACAGGCCUGACGCGGAAGCGCGGCGCGGAGAUUCUGGCGCGUCAGUUUGAGGAGAUCUGGGAGCGCUGCGGGGGCAUCCAGUACCUGCGCAGCGCCAUAGAGAGCCGGCAAGCCAGGCCCACCUACGCCACCGCCAUGCUGCAGAGCAUGCUCAAGUAGACCCGCGCAUGCGGAUCACACCUUAAGCAACAACUCAACGUUUAUACAUAGAUGUACAGCUAUGGUCAGAAUAAUAGCAGUGUCUUUGAAAAGGGGAGUGAAUGUCAAAAUUCAUUCAAUAAAAUUCUUCUUUAAUGAGCUCAAAUGCAUCGGGUGACACUGCACAUUCUAUUUUGAAGCAAGAAAAAUGGGGAAAAGUUAUUACGUCUUAUAAUAUGUCACAGAAAGUAAAAGAAAUGUAAUUUUCAAAAAAUGUUCGCCUUUCUCUUUGGAAACUCAAAAGUGUUCUGUACAAACAGACUGUACAAAUUCUUGAUUUGCUGAGUGUCUUAAACUAAUAUUUUGUUGCAAA